AUGUUAACACAACUACGAAAGCAACUCUUUGAAUGUAGAGUUUUAGUGGUGGGUGCUGGCGGCAUCGGUUGUGAAUUGAUCAAGAAUUUAGUUAUGACUGGCUUUCACAAUAUCGAAUUGGUCGAUUUGGACACCAUCGAUGUCAGUAAUUUAAACCGUCAAUUUCUAUUCCGAAAAGAACAUGUUGGUCAAAGUAAGGCUAAGGUUGCAAAGGAGAAUGCUUUACGAUUCAAUCCUGAUGUUAACAUUUUAGCAAGACAUGAUAGUAUUAUUAAUCCUGACUAUGAUGUGGAUUACUUUCGACAAUUUACGAUAGUGUUGAAUGCCCUAGAUAAUCGGGCUGCUCGCAAUCACGUCAAUAGAAUGUGCUUAGCUGCUGAUGUACCCCUAAUAGAAAGUGGCAGCGCAGGCUAUCUUGGUCAAGUAACGGUUAUCAAAAAGGCAAAUUUUCUUUACAAUAACUACGGAGAAACUGAGUGCUACGAAUGCCAACCAAAGCCUACUCAAAAAAGCUAUCCCAGUUGUACUAUACGUAAUACCCCAACAGAGCCAAUUCAUUGUAUAGUUUGGGCGAAACAUUUAUUUAACCAAUUAUUUGCAGAGCUUGAUGAAGAUAACGAAGUUACUCCGGAUGCCGAAGAUCCUGAAGCUACAGAUGCGAACAAGCAAAUCGACCAGGGCUCUGAUAGUAAUCUUAAAAUUUCAACCCGGCCCUGGGCAGAAUCUGUGGGUUAUGAUCCCCAGUUAUUAUUACGAAAGUUAUUUCAAGAUGACAUAAAGUACUUACUAAAGAUGGACAAACUUUGGCAAAAAAGAAAGCCACCUGUGCCAUUAGAUUUUGAUAACUUAUUGGAAGGUGACAGCUGUUUUAUUAAUGAUAACACUGUUUUGAAAGAUCAAUUAGUUUGGAACAUUCAUGAAUGUGUACAAGAAUUUUUACACAGCGUUACUUCGCUGAAAAAGCGAUUGGAGAUGUCGAAAUCUUACUUAAUUUGGGAUAAGGAUGAUGACGUGGCUAUGCAUUUUGUAGCAAGUUCAGCAAAUGUGAGAGCUCAUGUUUUUGGUAUACCAUUGAAAAGUCUGUUCGACGUUAAAUCCAUGGCAGGAAAUAUUAUACCAGCAAUUGCUACUACGAACGCAAUUGUUGCUGGUCUAAUAGUAACUGAGGCCUUAAAAAUUCUAAAAGGGAGGCUAGAUUUGUGUCGAACUGUGAUAAUGUACAAGAAUAAUCUAACUAUGAAAAAAUUAAUUAUCCCAUGUUUGCUUGAGAAACCCAAUAAGGGAUGCUAUGUUUGUUCCUCAAAGCCUGAGGUAUGUAUUAGAAUUAAUAUAGAUGAUAUUACAAUAAGACAUCUCGGGGAAGAGAUUUUAAAGAAAAGGAUCGGAAUGAUUGCUCCUGAUGUUGAAGUUGACGAUGGAUCGGGUAUAAUUUUAAUUUCUAGUGAAGAAGGGGAAACAGAAGACAUUAUCAAUUGCAAAUUGUCACAGUUUGGUAUCCGUAACGGCUCUCAGUUGAAAGCAGACGAUUUCUUACAAAAUUACUCACUAAAGUUAAAAGUCAUCCAUGAGUAUGUUCUUAUGCCACCCAGAUUGCUUUUUAUCAGUAGCUCGAAAUUAACGAUUGUAAAAUCUAUAAUUUUUACAGCAAUUCUUUAA